AUGGCAUCCUCAUCCACCGGCAAGGGCAAAUCGGUAGAAUACGAGCCGGUCCAUGAAGCCCACCACAGUCUGGAGGAGAGCUCGAUCGCAUGGCCAGUCGUCCGGUCCGAGGAAAUCGACGAUGCAAUGGAACACCGCGUCCACUUUCUCGACGAGAACAAGGGACGGACGCAGGCGUGUCUGAGCGAAAUGGCGGGCAUCGAGAGCAUGGGUAUUCACAAAGUCACCCUUGCGCCACACACCGAGUCCACCGUCCUGCACUCGCACCUGAGCGAGAGCGAGUGGAUCUACAUCCUCUCUGGCAACGUCACCCUCCGCCUCGCCCGGUCGAUUGGAGAUGUCGAGGAUCUGCGCCCGGGUCCAGAUAAUGGGGUUGAGGUGCAGGAGACGCUUCUGCAUGCUGGCGACUUUGCCGGCUUCCCGGCUGGUAACCCCAAGGAACGGUGGGCGCAUUCCCUGCGCGCCGGAGACGAGGCUGUCACUUACAUCCUUGGGGGGGAGAGGAAGAGUGUCGACGUUAUCACGUAUCCUACGCUGGGAAGGACGCUUGUGAGCCAUGAGGAGAGCGGCGCCGAGGCCAUGUUUACGGGGCGGAGCGAUUAG